AUGAGCCUGUCAGCAGAUAUAAAGAGCGUCUGCCAGCGGGCGGGCGGGACAGAGCGGAGCAGAGCUGGUGGAGAGAGAAGAGUUACCUGUCCCACAGCAAGAGGAACUUCUAUGUGUGUGGAGCCUUGCUGGUAGAUUAACUAAAACAAAUCCUGCACAGAAAUCAACUUCAGUCAUCUGGAACAAAAUGAGAGAGUGCAUCUCCAUCCACGUGGGUCAGGCAGGUGUGCAGACAGGAAAUGCAUGCUGGGAGCUCUUCUGCCUGGAGCACGGCAUCGGGCCUGACGGCGUCUUCCUGGACAAUCAGGCAGAACCCAACUCUCGUGAAGACCCGUUCAACACUUUCUUCAACACUGGGAGUUCUGGGCGUCAUGUUCCCAGAGCCAUAUAUGUGGACCUGGAGCCCACGGUGGUCGAUGAGGUGAGGGUUGGGAAGUACAGAGAGCUGUUCCAUCCUGAGCAACUGAUCUCCGGAAAGGAGGAUGCGGCCAACAACUACGCUCGUGGCCAUUACACUGUGGGAAAGGAGGUCAUUGAUGGAGUCAUGGAGCGGAUUCGCAAAAUGACAGACCAGUGCACCGGGCUGCAGGGUUUCCUCGUCUUUCACAGCUUUGGAGGUGGAACCGGCUCUGGCUUCACCUCUCUGCUGAUGGAGCGUCUGUCUGUUGAUUAUGGGAAGAAGUCAAAGCUGGAGUUUGCAGUCUACCCGGCUCCUCAGGUGUCCACAGCUGUGGUGGAGCCGUACAACGCCAUCCUGACCACCCACACCACCUUAGAGCACUCCGACUGCGCCUUCAUGGUGGACAACGAGGCCAUCUACGACAUCUGUCGCCGCAACAUGGACAUUGAGAGUCCUGGUUACAUCAACCUCAACAGAUUGAUCGCUCAGAUUGUGUCAUCCAUCACAACCUCGCUUCGGUUUGACGGAGCUCUCAAUGUAGACCUCAUGGAGUUCCAGACCAACCUGGUCCCAUUUCCACGUAUCCACUUCCCUCUGGUCACCUACUCACCCAUCAUCUCUGCCGAGAAGGCGUACCACGAGCAGCUGACUGUGGCCGAGAUCACGAGCGCCUGCUUCGAGCCAACCAAUCAGAUGGUCAAGUGUGACCCUCGUCACGGCAAGUACAUGGCUUGCUGCAUGCUGUACCGAGGGGAUGUCGUUCCGAAGGAGGUCAACACUGCCAUUGCAAUUAUAAAGACCAAAAGCUCCAUUCAGUUUGUCGACUGGUGCCCCACUGGCUUCAAGGUUGGGAUCAAUUACCAACCCCCCACAGCAGUUCCUGGGGGAGACCUGGCCAAAGUCCAACGAGCUGUGUGCAUGCUGAGCAACACCACUGCCAUCGCCGAGGCCUGGUCUCGUCUCGACCACAAGUUUGACCUCAUGUACGCCAAGCGUGCGUUUGUCCACUGGUACGUGGGUGAGGGCAUGGAGGAGGGAGAGUUUACAGAGGCCAGAGAGGACCUGGCCUGUCUGGAGAGGGAUUACGAGGAGUUGGCUCAUUCGAACCAAGAUUUUGAGAUUGAGGACCAAGAAUACUGAACCUGAGGGCGGUUACUGCUGCACAGCACUUCUGUAGAGAGUCGAUCACUGUUACAUACUGUAUCCCUUCUUUUGUUUUCAAAGCAAGGAUGAAACAAAUCUAUGAUCUUUCUCACUGUCAUCUUUUAUCAUUUUAGUUUUUAUUGUAACCACUUCAGACACACACUUUUGUUUGGUUGGCAUUUUUACUUCCUUCUAGCUAUCAGGAUUUUGGAUGACUUUAAUCUUUUUUUUUUCAGGGGAAAAAAAUGGCUUCAUAAAGGGACAGUGGGAUUUUUUUUGUCAGUUAUCAGUGGCUAAUAAACCAAAAGUGUGUUUUUUUAAAUACCAACAUUUUGAAAAAUUGCAACAAUACAUCUGAAUGUUGUUUGGUUCUCUUAAUUACCUCCAGAUUACAGUCUUCUCCUCUUAUCAGAAAGUGGACUGCACUUGACUGAGAAACGAGUCCUGAAUCAAAUCAAUGUAUUAAAUAAGAAUUAAAAAUAUCAAAAACUAAUUAGAUUUAUCAGUGCUGUACAUCAUGGCCCACAUUUUAACCCUAACCCCUUUGAUUUCCUCCCAAGCUUCAGUUAUACCUUAACUUUGAACAAACAUACUAAUUAAGCAUUAACAAACACUUUUCAAGCAUUAAAUUCAAUAACGUUUUGUUACUUGUCCACAUUUGUCUCAUGAAUAACUUUGUUUUCAUGAACUUUAAAUACUUUUACACACUAGAUUUGUUUGCUGCUAAUUUUCAGAGUCUUAGCGGGACACUCUUUUAAAGGGAAUCUUUAUUUAAACGAGGCUUUCCUGGAUAAAUUAAUUAAGAUGUUUUAGAAGUAUCAGUUACAAGAUUAUUUUAUGUUAAAAACUAACUGUAGAUGAAGUGAUCAAAAAAUCUCCACUAGUUAUAACAUAGAGCUGACAUUAUAGCAAUUGGACAAUCAUCCAAUAAGAGUGACAGGGACCAUUCUCCAUUAAAGGUACGUUUUCUUUAAUAUAAUAAAAUGUUGUUUCUGCAUUUAUUGAGGUGAAAUUUAGAAUAGCCUACAUGGCGUCUUUAUGUAGGCCUAUAUAAUAUUUUUAAGAGUUUUAUUAAAUAAAAUAUACAUACUAUAUAUACUGUAUUCUGCCUCUAUCCUUGCUUACAAUAAAUUACUAUAUAAAUAA